AUGGCACAGUGUGCGGACACAGGACUACCAAAAGAAUCGAAUGCAGGUUGUCUUCGAACUUGUCAGGCGAAUGGCCAGUGGUCGGGUAGCGACGUAAUUUGUUUGCCCGUAACCUGUCCUACACUGGAUCCACCAGAGAACGGGGUACUCUCCGCAUACUCCACGGAAGUGAAUGGUGUUGUGCACAUCCACUGCAAUCAAGGCUAUGAGUUAACUGGUUCGGCGAAGAGACAGUGCCAAACGAACGGAAAAUGGGAUGGCGAGAAACCGAGAUGUAAAGAACGUGACUGCGGGCCACCACCACUCGUCACAAACGGAAAUGUUUCGUUUCACACUACAAACUACGGAAGUAAAGCCAGAUUUGAAUGUGCUGCUGACACGACUCCCUCUGCAGCACUGACCGAGCUCAUCUGCGGAGUGGACAACAAUGUCACUUCUUGGUUACCGAAACCAAUGCCA